AUGACAACAGGAGCAACAAGAGUUUAUAUUGGACGUCUUGCUAGAGAUGCUCGUGAGCGUGAUGUUGAAAAGCUGUUUCGUGGAUAUGGUACCAUCAAAGAAAUAAAAUUAAUGAAUGGAUUUGGCUUUGUUGAAUUUCGAGACCAUCGUGAUGCUGAUGAUGUUGUUUACAGUUUUAACGGUAAAAGUUUUAUGGGUGAAAAAGGAGAACGUAGAAGACGUGAACGUGAUGAUCGUAGAGGGGACAGAGAUGACCGCAGAGAUAGGGACAGGGAUAGGGAUGAUCGUCGACGAGACGACCGUGGUGACAGAGAUCGUGGCAGGUUUGCACCACCUCAGAGAAAUCCUCACUAUCGUUUAAUUGUGGAAAAUUUGUCUUCAAGCUGUAGCUGGCAGGAUCUCAAGGACCUAAUGCGAAAAGCUGGUGAAGUAACCUUUGCAGAUUAUAUGAAAAAUGCAAUCAAAAAACUUGAUGACACUGAAUUAAAAGGAAAACAUAUUAUUCUUCGUGAAGCUCCGGAUAACGAUGUUGAUCGUGAGCGUCGUAGAAAUUCGCGGUCUCGUUCAAAAUCACCACACCGUCGUCGUUCUCUAUCUCAUUCCCCACCACGUCGUCGUCGUUCUUCCUCAAGAUCCAAGUCACCAGUUUCUAAUGGAAAAGAUAAUGGUUCUCGUUCCCCUUCGCCUCAUCUUAGAAAUGAAGAAUCUCCUAAAAGAAGUAGUGAACCACCUCAUGAAGAAGAGGACAAGUAA